UAUUCGCGCUUGUUGAGUCGCAGCUACGGAUCAAUGUCUAAAAAACAAGGCUUGGUUUUGGGUGUAUACUCGUCGGAAGGCCAAGAUGACGUGAAAUUUACGCCAUACGCUCAGAAGUACAACGAAUCAACGGCCGGAAAGUUGCUUCAGCAAAUUAAUAUUUGUGGCCCGCUGAAGGCUGGACAGACGCGAAUUUUUUGGGAACUUGGCAAGUAUCCAGCGGUAGCCGUCACCGGGUUAGGUGAUGCCUCGAAAUGGGACGAACUGGACGAGAUCGAUGGAGCGAAAGAAAAUGUUCGCAUUGCGGCCGCUGCCGGUGUGCGCGCCCUGACCGCGAACAAGAUCUCGGAAAUAGCGGUAGAGGAUAUGGAGCACGCGCAGCAAGCCGCCGAGGGCGCCACGCUGGCCAACUACAAGUUUCAGGUAUUCAAGAGCAAGGAAAAACAAUCUGCGCUUCCCACGCUGUCCUUUGCCGAUGAAGCGAGCGGAAAUGCCGACUGGAAUCGUGGUGUCAUCAUUGCCGAAGCACAAAAUUGGGCCCGUGUAUUGAUGGAGACCCCUGCCAAUCAUAUGACACCCAGCAAGUUUGCCGAGACUGUGAAGGAGCGAUUAAGUGCCGCAAACGUCGAGGUGCUGGUGCACGACGAGGCGUGGGCUAAGGAGAAGAAAAUGGGAUCGUUCCUUUCUGUUACGAAUGGUUCGGACGAGCCAGCUCGUUUCCUCGAGCUAACGUACCGCGGAUCGCAGGACGAACAAUGCGUAGCACUAGUGGGCAAGGGAAUCACUUUCGAUUCCGGUGGUAUUAGCCUGAAACCGUCGGCCAACAUGGACCAAAUGCGUGCCGAUAUGGGUGGAGCAGCCAACGUUGUAUCGACAAUACUGGCUUUGGCGCAACUGAAGGCGCCGGUGCACGUGAAGGGAUUUGUGCCGUUGUGCGAAAAUAUGCCCAGCGGCACGGCCACCAAACCGGGCGAUGUAGUGUUUGCUAUGAAUGGUAAGAGUAUCUGCGUGGACAAUACGGAUGCCGAAGGGCGACUCAUACUGGCUGAUGCGCUGUGUUACGCAUCAACGUUCAAUCCAAAGUUUAUUCUGGAUAUCGCCACACUAACCGGUGCUAUUAAGGUCGCGCUCGGAGACUGCGUUUCAGGAGUGUUCUCCAGCAACGAGCAGUUAUGGAAGACAAUCCACGAGGCGGGUUCGCAAACCGGCGAUCGCGUAUGGCGCAUGCCGCUGUUCAAGCACUACACCGAUCAGAUGUGCGAUCACAAUGGUUAUGAUUUAAACAAUCUUGGAAAAGGCAAGGGAGGCGGAUCGUGCACAGCCGCUGCUUUUCUGCGUGAAUUCGUGCCGAAAAAUACACCCUGGUUGCACGUGGACAUCGCCGGGGUCAUGGGAGACUGUAGCGAUCAAAGCUACACCGGCGCGAAGGGCAUGACGGGACGUCCAAUGCGCACGCUCGUAGAAUUCGUCACUAAAGCAAGUAAAGCCUAAAUGCAACGCAGAACAACUUCUUACAUAAAUCGUUGCGAUACAAAAUGUCAUCGUAAAAUGCCAGUGACCGAAGAGAAUUCGGAGCAGCUUUCAUACAGCAAGCAUUUUUCGUACCAACCACUGCUGCGAGAAAGUAUUUAGUCAGUUUUAUGUUUUGCCAUCGCGGAGUGUUGCAUCACCUUACAGCAUUAGAGACUGUCGUAGAAUUGAAGCUAAAAGAACGCAUUUUCCAGCAUGUAAAAUGAAGAGGAAGGAAUACUUUCGAACGUUGAGAGUUCCCUAUUCAUAGGAGUAGCGUAAGCAUUCUUAUUAUUUGUUAUUUUUUUGGAAAAGGUUGUUGGUUAAUAAAUAGCAAAUGCAUAAUAA